AUGUCAAUGGAACACCGUCCAUAUCGCUCCCACAAGGUCCCCGCCUGCGCGCGUUGUCGCCAGAGAAAGAUUAGAUGCAAGGUGGAUUUGCCCAAUCAACCCUGUCUGUUCUGCCGAGAGAAGGGCGUCGCCUGCCAAAUCCCCUCUAUAACGAACUCUCCCGACGACUCUUCGCACUCUCAACUUUCCAAUAGUUCAAGUACUACAAACACUACAACUUCAAGUACAAAUGCCCAGAAACGUCGUCGCUAUGACGCAGAAGCAUUAUUAUCUACUACUUCGAAUCUUAUAUCAAUUAGCCAGUCCUCUGGAGGCAUUGAUGGCAAAUCAUCAAUCAUCGUCGGCCCUUCUGUCGCUGAAGAUGUUGAAAUCGUUCAGCGUCAUAUGAGCAUAACUCCACAAUCUCAAUCUUCACAGCGUCACAAUUCCACAACAUAUGCCACAGAGGACUCUUUAGGCUCAGUUGUCUACGUCACGGUCCCUAAAUACCGUCGGGGCGUAACCCCAAAACUCGACACUGGGGACAAGCAGCGUGAGAUCGUCGAACAAAUCUUCGGUCCUUUUAAAAAGGAAGCCAUAAGAUUAUAUUUUGAACUCAUACACCCUUGUUUCCCCAUCAUCGGGGAGGAACUGAGGUUACAGCUUUUGGGGCAACAGUGGAAUGAGGUCAACUCUGCUCUGCUGUGUAAUAUCUAUGCUAGUAUUGUGCCUUUAUGGGAUAGAUCUGAGAUUUUAAGAUUACAUCCUAGACCGGACUCGGAUUAUAUCUGGAACCUCGCUGUCAGAGCAUUACAAGAAGAUUCAACAUCGCCCAGUUUCUCUACAAUAUUCAUCUGCGCUAUCAAUGUAAUCGGUAGGCCGUCAUUAUAUUACAUUGGUAACAUUGCAAACUCAAGUAGAGUAGUCGCACUCUCCCACAGCUUCGGUCUUCACCGAGAUCCCAGGAAAUGGAACAAACCCCUUGCGGAGAAGGAAAUGAGAAUAAAAAUAUGGUGGUGCGUGUUCAUCAUCGAUUGCUGGUCGAGUUUGAGUUAUGGUACACCGCCAAAUAUCGCAAAGGGCUGUCACGAUGUCAGAUUACCGGAAAUUCAAUUAUCGACAAGUAGUGCUAGUAGUGGAAGCCCUAGAGUCACUACUGCAGCCUCAACAUACCUACCGUUAUCUAGCUGUUCUCUAUCAUUCUACUCAUUGUGUUCGUUAACACAGAUCCUGGCCGAAAUAUUACCAAUGGUAUAUCAUCUAGACCCAGACCCUCGGGUACUAAUGGAAACCCUCCAAACUACCGCCUCAAUGGUUCGAAAAUGGGAAGAAUCCCAAUCCUCGGAAUUACCACCAUCACCGCGCCGGCAGCCACCAGUAAGGGAUAACGCCGGUAGUAACCUCCACUUCUGUUACCUCUCUGUCAAACUACUGUUCAGCAGACUGAGUCUCAGAGCAGCAUGGCUACAACAAUCUCAUCAACAUCAUAACCCCGCAAACGCAAACCCGGCUCUUAUAAUCCACGACUGUCUAGUAGACUUACAACUAGCGGCUACAAGACUCCUGGAAUACGUAUCAAACCUUACGACUCAGCAACUACAGGAGUUUUGGUUACCAUAUACGAGUCAUCUACUCGUAGUCGCAACAAUGAUAUUAUUGCGGUGCGCGGUUGAAACAGAGAAUCAAGCUAUAAAAGUCGCUUGUGCAGCGACUUUAAUCUCGUUGAAAGAUAACCUGGAAUCUCAUCGCGAUAAAAACGGCUGGGAAUUGGGGGAGUUAUGUCUGGAGAGAUGUGCGGAAUUGAUAUCUCGGGUUCAAGCUACUGCACCACCGACUAUAGUCCCGGUAAUAACGCCUGUGGUUCCAACACCGACAACAGUAGCCGAUGAAGAUGCUUUCCAAUUCUUAAAUGAUACUUCGUUGAUGCCGUUUGAUCCACUUGGGGGGUUUGAUGCUAUCGAUGAUAUUUGGCAAAGUCUGUUUGGAAAUGUUCCGCCAGCUGUUGUGGAGGGUACUCCUGUUACUGGUCCUUCAUUGUAG